AAUAGGACACACCUGGGCCAUUUAUACGUCAAGCCACACUCCACCUCACAAGGUGGCGGCAAUGCGCACUAAAAGUUGCCAAGCGCCAAUAAAUAAAAAGGAAGAAAAGCGAGACGAAGCUGAUUGGCCAGACACACAUCAGUCGCAGUAAGGACACAUUUCAUUGGUCGGCUAUUCCUGUGUUGUCAGUCGGCCUGUUCCUAGCUUAAAGCGCUCCAGCAGCAAUGGAGCACCCGAGUCAGCACUAACGUGGAGGAAUUAUCGUACACGUUUUGCCACCCAUGCCCGGAUCGACUAACUGUACAUCUGCAAGUGUGAUCGACUUCCGGGGGCGGUGACAGCCACCAUGUCGGUGACUGUCCACGAGAACCGUAAAUCCCGCACCAGCACAGGGUCCAUGAACAUCUCUCUGUUCCAUAAGCCGUCACACACCGACUGCGUGUUGACGCACCUGAACACCAUGAGGAAACAAUGCCUGUUUACAGAUGUCACGCUGUGGGCCGGGGAUCGCUCCUUCCCAUGUCACAGGGCCGUCUUGGCAGCCUGCUGCCGUUAUUUUGAAGCCAUGUUCAGCGGGGGACUGCGAGAAAGUAUGGACAGUGAGGUUCAUUUCAGAGACACCAUUCACCCUGAGGUCUUGGAACUUCUGCUGGAUUUCGCCUACACAUCUCGAGUCAUUAUAAAUGAGGAGAAUGCAGAGUCGCUGUUAGAGGCAGGAGACAUGUUGCAGUUUCACGACAUCCGUGAUGCUGCAGCAGAAUUUUUAGAAAAGAACCUGCACUCUUCCAACUGUUUGGGAAUGAUGCUGUUGUCAGAUGCCCAUCAGUGUAAGAGAUUGUAUGAGCUGUCAUGGAGGAUGUGCCUACUACACUAUGAAACGGUUCGGGACUCUGAGGACUUCUAUAGUUUAACUAAAGAGAAGCUGCUGGAAAUUAUCCUUAGUGAUGAACUGGAGAUCGAAGAUGAACAGGUUGUUUUUACCUCUGUUAUGCGGUGGGUUCGCUAUGACUUGGAUUGCCGGCGCCACUAUUUGCCAGAGCUGCUCACGGGCAUCAGAUUGGCUCUUCUCCCCUCUGAAUGUCUGCUGGAGGCUGUGGCAUGUGAAGAACUAGUUAUGGCCGACAGGAGGAGCAGGGUGAUUGUAGAAGAGGCAAUGAAAUGUAAAAAAAGAAUUCUUCAAAAUGAUGGGGUUGUGACCAGUCCCUGUGCUCGACCACGCAAGGCAGGCCACACGUUGCUUAUAUUAGGAGGCCAGACUUUCAUGUGCGACAAGGUAUAUCAGGUUGACCAUAAAGCCAAGGAGAUCAUACCAAAGGCAGACCUUCCCAGCCCAAGAAAAGAAUUCAGCGCAUGUGCCAUUGGUUGUAAGGUUUACGUGACAGGAGGAAGAGGAUCAGAGAAUGGUGUGUCAAAAGACGUGUGGAUCUACGACACAGUCCAUGAAGAAUGGUCAAAAGGAGCACCCAUGCUAAUAGCUAGGUUUGGUCAUGGUUCAGCUGAGCUGGAGAACGCCUUGUAUGUGGUCGGAGGUCACACGGCCAUUGCUUCUGUUUUUCCCGCCUCUCCAUCCGUCUCUUUAAAACAGGUUGAACGAUAUGACCCCGUCAGUAAUAAGUGGACUAUGAUGGCUCCUUUAAAAGAUGGCGUCAGUAAUGCAGCGGUGGUCAGUGCUAAAUUAAAACUCUUUGUUUUUGGGGGCACCACUAUACACAGAGACAAAGCAUCCAAGGUCCAAUGCUAUGAUCCUGUUGGGAAUCGCUGGACUAUUGCAGCUGAGUGCCCGCAACCAUGGCGAUACACAGCAGCUGCUGUCUUAGGGAGUCAGAUCUUCAUCAUGGGUGGUGACACGGAAUUCACAGCGGCCUCCGCCUAUCGGUUUGAUUGUGAAACAAAUGAGUGGACUCGCAUGGGCGACAUGACCGCGAAACGGAUGAGCUGCCACGCCGUGGCCUCAGGAAACAAGUUGUACGUUGUUGGAGGUUACUUCGGCACACAGAGGUGUAAAACGUUGGAUUGUUACGACCCAACAUCCGACAGUUGGAACUCUAUCACCACUGUGCCUUAUUCUUUGAUCCCUACCGCCUUUGUCAACACGUGGAAACACCUACCUGCCUAAGUGGGAUCCAGUUUGAGGUGUGCGUGUCAUCCACUGACUGAAAAGAAGCCACCCUGCAGAUGUCUUCCGGCGAGGACUGAAAGUAGGCACAGAGUCUUAAAAGGACUUUGUCUCGGUCUGUAUUGGAGCAUCUAGAUCUUACAAUUAUUCAAGAGUUGUUCUGUAUGGGAUACUUUCAGAGUAAUAAUCUGGUAUAGCACAACUAGACCUCACAUAUGGACAGCUUGGUGUAUUUGUUCGCCAAUGAAUCACUCACUAAGUAGGGUUGGGCAUCGUUUGAAUUUGGACCAAUCCGAUUCCUCAUUUGGUUCCAGUUCCCAAUGUUUCUCCAUUUGGAUUUUUGAAGAGGCGGGGUCAAAAACACAUUUCUCAUGGGGCUAUUUACAACCAGUAUAACAGAUUUUUUUCAGCAUGAGUACACUUUUACAAAAGUUUCAUUUUAUUUUUGUAAACCUCAUUUAAAAAAACAUCCUGUCUUGUAUAUGUUAGAAUAUGUUACCAUGUUGCCACUGGCCUGCUGAAGAAUAUCAACAAACUACCUGUCCAGUGUAAAAUGAAGUUUUACUUAACUGAUUGGACUUGGAGGAAGGCCAUUGAGCAGCCCAUCAAAGACAGGCCGCUUUAUUCAUUUUCUAUUGGCAUCAAUCGUAUUCUACUUUUUCGAAAAAUGAAGCGCCUCCACAUGGUUGCACACACACCUCCUGCUUCUUCUUCGUUGGUGUUUGCCAUCUAUUUCUUCCCGUCACCCAACUGGGAAUCUAAAACACAGUAGGGAUCAGCAUUUUUCAAAUGUGGACAGUUCCAGGAAAAUGGUAAUGGUAAUGUAAGUCCCAGUUCCCAUCGAUGCUCAACCCCAAGUGAGGGAAUAAAAAGUCUUAAAUUGA